AUGACGUUCUUUGGUGCGGCAGCGGCGAGGGGCAUGAUGAUGCUCCGCCCUGCUGCGUGUCGCAGGGCCUUUGGCCUUGCUGUUCCCCAGUUGUCUGCUGCCAGCGGAGGUUUAUGUGGGGUUAUUUCCCCUUUUCUUGCAAUCCGUUCCCUCAGCACUGCUCCUCUUCUGCAGAGGCAUAGCGCCGCCAUCCAGACCCCCGGCACCCGCCUCCCUGCAAGUGCCCUCCUGCCCGCAGCCACAGGCCCAUCUGCCGUCCUCUCGCCUUACGGCGCCGUGCGCCACGAGGCAGGCGUAGCAACGCUGUCCGCUGCCGUUGCGUUGAUGUCUGUUGGAGGUGUAGCACAAGGCAUUGGCUCCCUCUUUGCUGCUCUGGUGUCGGGCACUGCAAGGAACCCUUCUAUCAAGGAGGACCUCUUCACAUACACCCUCAUUGGUAUGGGCUUUCUCGAGUUUCUCGGCAUCAUUUGCGUCAUGAUGAGCGCAGUCCUUCUCUACUCGUGA